UUUUAACAUAACAAAAUGGUUUGUGCAAUGGAACAACAGCAACAGCAGCAGCAGCAGCAGCACCAACAGUUGCCACAUCAGCAGCAACACAGCACAACAAUUGUGCUUCUAACAGCUGCCGGCAACAGCAGCGGCAAUGUGCAUAUUGUCAGUGCAACACAGCAACAGCAGCAGCAGCAGCAACAUAUGCAACAGCAGCAGCUGCAGCAGUUGCCACAGCAGCAGCAACAGUUCAAGAGCCAACAGUUGAAGCAGCAGCAUUCGGCAUUGGUUAAACUGUUGGAAUCUGCGCCGCUCAGCAAGCAGCAGCAGCAGCAACAGCAGCAGCAGCAGCAACCCAGACAAAUUGUUUACCUGCAACAACAGCAACAGCAACGCAAAAGACUGAAAAACGAAGAGCAACAGCAACAGCAACAACAGCAAACACCUGCAACAUUAGUAAAGACAACCACCAAACAGAUAACAACAGCAGCAACAGCAGCAACAAAUAGUAUUAGUCAGCAGCAACAACAGAUUGUAUUGUUGCUGCAACAGCCAAGUGCAACAGCAAUUGCAACAGCAGCAACAGCAACAGCAACACCAAAGCCAAAUGACAGCGAAUCGGGCAUUGACGAGGAUUGUCCCAAUAGCGAUGACGAUGCUCAACUCACUGCAACAGCAACAGUUGCUUCUGCUGGUGCUGGUGCUGGUGUUGUUGAGGAUGGCAGUGGCUACGAGCAAUAUCAAUGCCCCUGGAAGAAAAUACGCUAUGCGCGCGAGUUGAAGCAACGCGAGUUGCAGCAGCAACAUGAGGAAAAAACGGAAACAAACACAGCAGCAGCAGCAGCAACAGCAGCUACAGUUGCAACCAGACCCACCAGCAACAGCAACAAGCUGAAUCAACUGCAUUGUGAUAGUCCUUUUUCCGCGCAAACACACAAAGAAAUUGCCAAUUUGUUGCGCCAACAAACUCAGCAGCAGCAGCAACAACAGCAGCAGCAACAGCAGCAGCAACAACAGCAGCAGCAACAGCAGCUGCACUUGCAACAACAACAGCAGCAACAGUUGCAACAACAACAACAGCAACAACAGCGUCGCGACAGUUCCGACAGCAAUUGUUCGCUGCUCAGCAAUUCAAGCACUCAAUCGCUGACCAACAGCAUUGGCAAUUGUUGCACAUGCAACAGCAGCAGCAGCAGCAAUAGCAGCAGCGAUGACGAUCAGCAGCAGCAGAAACAGCUGGAGGAUAUGGAUGCUCAGGAUUCGGGCUGUGACGAUGAGCUGUGCGAACAGCACCAUCAGCGACUGGAAGCCUCCCAGCUGAACUAUCUCUGUCAGAAGUUUGACGAGAAACUGGACACGGCCUUAAGCAACAGCAACAGCAGCAGCAGCAACAACAGCAGCAACAAGUCAGCAAUUGAGGAGGCCAGCGCCGAUGGUUUCUUCCGUCGCUCCAUACAGCAAAAGAUCCAAUAUCGGCCGUGCACCAAGAAUCAACAGUGCAGCAUUUUGCGUAUCAAUCGCAAUCGUUGUCAAUAUUGUCGCCUGAAAAAGUGCAUUGCCGUCGGCAUGAGUCGAGAUGCUGUGCGUUUUGGUCGCGUGCCGAAGCGAGAAAAGGCGCGCAUUUUGGCCGCCAUGCAGCAGAGCACACAGAAUCGGGGCCAGCAGCGCGCCUUGGCCACCGAGCUGGACGAUCAGCCACGCCUACUUGCCGCCGUGCUGGAGUUCACCAAGGAGAAGGUCUCGGCGAUGCGACAGCGGGCCAGAGAAUGCCCAUCCUACUCAAUGCCCACACUGCUGGCCUGUCCGCUAAAUCCUGCGCCCGAACUGCAGUCCGAGCAGGAGUUCUCACAGCGCUUUGCGCACGUCAUUCGCGGCGUGAUCGACUUCGCCGGAAUGAUACCCGGGUUCCAGCUGCUGACGCAGGACGACAAGUUCACGCUGCUGAAGGCGGGCUUGUUCGACGCGCUCUUUGUGCGCCUGAUUUGCAUGUUCGACUCGUCGAUCAACUCGAUCAUCUGCCUCAACGGCCAAGUGAUGCGUCGCGACGCAAUACAGAACGGGGCGAAUGCCCGCUUCCUCGUCGACUCCACAUUCAACUUUGCGGAGCGAAUGAACUCGAUGAACCUAACCGAUGCCGAGAUUGGACUCUUUUGCGCCAUCGUCUUGAUCACGCCCGAUCGACCGGGUCUGCGCAACCUGGAGCUGAUCGAGAAGAUGUACAGCCGCUUGAAGGGCUGCCUGCAGUGCAUUGUCUCGCAGAAUCGACCCGAUCAGCCCGACUUCCUGGCCAAGCUGCUCGACACGAUGCCCGAUCUGCGCACGCUCAGCACUCUGCACACGGAGAAGCUGGUCGUCUUUCGCACCGAGCACAAGGAGCUGUUGCGCCAGCAGAUGUGGAGCAUGGAGGAGGCGGAUGCGGCGAGCAAGAGUCCCGCUGCCAGCUGGGAUGCCAUGGACGUGGAGGCCGCAAAGAGUCCUCUGGGCUCUGUCUCCAGCACGGAGUCAACCGACUUGGACUACGGCACGCCCAGCAGCACUCAACUGCAACAGUCGCAGCAGCAACAGCAGCAGCAGCAGCCACCCUCCGCAUUGGCCAGCUCGGCGCCGCUGCUUGCGGCAACGUUGUCCGGCGGCUGUCCGUUGCGCAAUCGCGCCAACUCCGGCAGCAGCGGUGACUCCGGCGCCGCCGACUUGGACAUUGUCGGUUCGCAUGCGCAUCUCACACAGAAUGGCCUGACAAUUACGCCCAUUGUGCGCCAGCAGCAGCCGGGACAACAGCAGCAACAGCAACAGUUGCAACAGCAGCAGCAGCAACAGCUGCAGCCAGGACAACAGCAGCAGUUGCAGCAACAACAACAGCAGCAACAAUUGCAGCAGCAGCAACAGUUGCAGCAGCAACAACAACAGCAGCAGCAGCAGCAGCAGCAACAGCAGCAGCAGUUGCAACAGCAACACUUGAGUCACCAUCAGCAACAUCCGCAGCUGCACCAUCAUCUCACAUCCGGCGCCAGUCGCUACCGCAAGCUGGACUCGCCCACAGACUCGGGCAUUGAGUCCGGCAACGAGAAGAACGAGUGCAAAGCGGUCAGCUCCGGCGGCAGCAGCUCCUGCUCCAGUCCACGUUCCAGCGUCGACGAUGCGCUCGACUGCAGCGAUGCAGCCGUUGUUGCCCAAGCCGUCUCCGGCGUAUCCGUUUCCCCUGUCCGCUCGCCGCAGCCCUCGAGCAGCGCCAACCUCAAUCUGAAGCGACAGAUCGUCGAGGACAUGCCGGUGCUGAAGCGCGUGUUGCAAGCACCCCCGCUGUACGACACCAACUCGCUGAUGGACGAGGCAUACAAGCCGCACAAGAAGUUCCGUGCGCUGCGUCAUCGCGAAUUCGAGUCCGCCGAGGCGGACGCGAGCAGCUCGACGACGAGCAUGCCGGCGCACAGUCCCCGCCAGAGUCCGACGCACAUCAGCGUGCUGCAGACGCCCCCGCCACCAACGGUUGCCGCAGCGGCCACCACUGUUGCAGCCACGUCUGCAUCAGCAGCAGCAGCAGCGGCGGCAACAGCGGCUGCCACAAGUCAGUUGCACAUGCAUCUGACACGCAACACGAACCAGCAACAGCAGCAGCAGCAACAACAACAGCUCGGCUCGAUGGCCAGCACGCAUUCGGUUCUGGCCAAGUCGCUGAUGGCCGAGCCGCGCAUGACGCCGGAGCAGAUCAAGCGCUCGGAUAUAAUACAGAAUUAUUUGAUGCGCGAACCGGCAACAAUUGCAGCUGCAGCUGCAGCAGCAGCAGCAACGGCUGCCAGCAGCACAACGGGCGGCGGAGCACGCAGUCCGAGCAGCCAUUGCGCCUCGCCCUCCACCAGCUCACCGCCGCCGCCAGCCUCGCCAUCAGCCCAGCAGCAACAGCACCAGUUGCAGCAGCAGCAAUCGCGUUGGGCCAGCAGCAAUGGUUGCCAGCAGCAGCAGCAGCAGCAGCAACAACAGCAGCGCCAGCAAUCUGUGUCGCCGCACAGCAAUGGCAGCAGCAACAGCAGCAGCAGCAGCAGCUCCUCGAGCAGCUCCUCAACCAGCUCCACAUCCAGCUCCAGCAGCAACAGUUGUCCGUAUUUCCAAUCGCCGCACUCCACCAGCAACAGCAACUCCGCCUCCAAUUCAAACUCCGCCUCUGCCUCCGCCUCCGUCUCCGCCUCCGCCUCCUCGUCAGCAACAGCCACAUCCACCUGCAUAGUGACGCCCUCGUCGCGUUCCUCGUCCUUGCUGGAGUUGCAGGUGGACAUUGCUGAUCCGGGACAACCGCUGAAUCUGUCCAAGAAAUCGCCAACGCCGCCGCCAAGUAAAUUGCAUGCGCUUGUUGCAGCUGCGAAUGCUGUGCAACGUUAUCCAACACUGUCCGCCGAUGUGACCGUGACAGCAGCAGCAGCAGCCGCAGCCGCAGCAGCCACGCCCACAAGCAGCAGCAGCAGCAGCAACAACAGCAGCAACAACAACAGCAGCAACAGCAGCGUUCCAGCGGUGCUCAAGGUCAUGUUGGAGGCGUAAGUUGGGGCAGGCUAUUCACCUCGUCGAGUUGGGGGCGUGUUGAAACCUUUCCUUAAACACAACACAAAAAAUAGCAGGUAAACUAAACUAAAACUUUGUUGCGCCCCCGCAAAAGGGAGAAGAAUAAGAAAAAACAACAACAACAACAACAA